AUGAAGCAAGAGGAGAAAGAUCUUUAUCUUCAGAAUGGAAGAAACAGAGAUGAAGAGAGAAGAAAUAACAUGAAUCCCGAGGAGAGAGAAGCUUAUCUACAGAAUAUGAGAAACAGAGUUCAACAGCAAAGAAAUGCCAUAAAGGAAGAUCAAACUUUAGGAUUCCAUAUUGGAGAUAUGAAUGUGAUUUGUCGAUACUGUGGAGCUCUAAGAUUCUCAAGAGAGAUCCUGAAUUGUUGUCACAAAGGAAAAGUAUUAAUUCCUGCUUUAGAAGAAAAUCCUGGUAAUCUUAAGCAAUUAUUUGAUAUAAAUAAUCACGAAGGAUCUAAUUUUAGGAACAACAUAAGAAGAAAAUAUAAUUCUGCCUUUGCUUCUGCUUCUUUUGGUGCUAAUAUCAAACCUCCACCAGGACCCGGCCCUUAUUGCUUCCGAUUACAAGGUCAAAUAUAUCAUUACACCAGCAACCUGCAUCCAAAUGAAACUAAAUAG